AUGUAGAUCAGCCAGAAUCUGAGGAGAUGCAUCAACUUUCACAAGGUGGUUUAAUAGUUAUAUGAGUCAGGAGAAAUAAAUUUCAAAGAAAAGAAUAAACUUAAAACUGAAUUCAACACCAACAAUGAAGACAUAUUGUAUUUGAUAGAGGAAGACAUGGACAAGGAGGAUUUUAAACAAUAGUUAGUUGAAUACAUUAAAUCUAAGCAUUAAUCUUUUAAAAUACCCAAUUCCCCUGGUCUUAGAAGAAAGUCACUACUAUCUGAAUCCAGUCCUACCAUUGGCAGAAAGAGUGGCUUCUCCAAAGAAAGCAAAAUCACAGAAGAAGAAUUGAUUGACCACAUUACUAAGCUUAGAGAAGCACUCUUUGAAGUUUACCAAUCAAGAUCGAGUGCCUUCACAUUUUUAGUGUAGGAUCAUCUGAAGUCAUUGAGUCAAUUCAUUUCCAAAAUAUCUAACAAAAGUCCUUAGGCUUCCCUCAACUUACUCUAGGAAUAGAAUAUUGCUGAAGACAUUGAAUAAUACUAUAAAUAAUUGAAGAAUCAAUUUUUGAAUACGCAUUCUUUGUUAAUUAACGAUAACAUAGUUUCGGUUGCUUCCAAACUUGUGUAGAAUUUAUUGAAUUGUGAUGAAUUCACCUUUAUUAAUCCUCAGUAUGGAAUAUACGAUUCAACCAAAAAUUCUUUCAAUAAUAUUGAAUCCGAUGAUUAUUUGCAAGAUUUAAUAUCUGUGACCACCAAUGUCAAUCUGCUCACUGAAAAUCAAUCGAAACUCUCUCUAAUGUUCGCUUAGUAUAGCAGAACCUAUACUCUCAGAAUAUAGGAUGAGUGUUUCUUCUAUCAUCAAAGAUAAGUCAGAGAUACACUUCUAAAUUUGACAUUAGAUUACAAAUGUCUCAAUGAAGUUCAAAUAUUGAGUAAGUUAAUAUCCAAAGCAACCAUCGAAGCAAGAGUAUAAUUAAUUAGCCCUAUUCAAAUUGGAAAUAUGAUAAUUGAUAUAGGAGUGGAAUUCGUUAGAUGUAGUAAAUAUCUAUUUAUUAAUCAAAUCAUUAAUUUAUUGCGUACUAAAUACACAAUUGAAAAAAAAGAGGCUGAAAGUUAAGGGUCCUUUGGAUCCGUUUCAUGUACCAAUCUUUCUCCUACUAGCAAAUAGGCUAAGUUUACUAAAAUACAAUUUAAGGAUAUAUUGCCAAUAGAAAUUACUAUUAUUGGAAUAAAUUUAAAUAAGAAAGAUGACUUACAGAUAUAUAAGACUAUUACUAAUCUUUAUACCAAAUACUUAAAGUUCAUCGAGUUGAGUUACGAUAGGAUAAUAUUUUAUAAAUAUUUUAUUAAAUCCAAAGAUUCAAUAAUGUUGGAAUUCGAUAAAGAGGGCAAGUUGGCCUUUUUAUCCAGGCCAAUUCCUCCCUCUUUGAGUCGGGAAUUUUAGUUAAGCUAUUGCCCCAGAGGACAUUAUUAUCAAAUAAUAAAGAAUGAAAUUUUGUUGAAGGUGAUUGAACAACACUUGGAGAACAAAUGGAAUAUUUAAUAUACUGAUCAGUUGUAUGAGAUUUUUAUGAAGGCCAGAAAUAAGAAAUUCAAGGGAUUCGCCAUCAUAUUCUCCGAAGGAUUCUUACAAACAAGGAGUUUGGAGACUGAAGCCAAAAAGAUUAAAUUGAGAUAGGAAGCCACAUAGUACUUAUCGAAUUUAGAAUAAAACAAUCCAGAAAUAAAAGAUACGAUAUUGUCCUUCUAUAUUCCAUCACAGGUAUAAGUUCCAGGAAUUAUACACAAAAAGAAAAAGAGUAUGAUUAAUGGAUUGAUUGACACUAUCCAAAUAAAUUUAAUUGAUUUAGAGAGUAUUGAGAAAGAAGCCAUUUGUAUAGAUUAGAUAGACAGUUUCGAUUUCAAUAUAUUCAAAAUAGAAAACAAUUCGAUAGAGAAAUAAAGAAUAGUUUAUUAGAUAUUGAACAGAAAUAAUUUUAUUGAGAUAUUUGAGAUUGACAAAAACAGAUUAUGUGAAUUUUUGGGUGAAUUGGAAUAUCGAUAUGACAAACGUAGGAACCCUUUCCACAACUACAAUCACGGUGUGAAUGUCAUGCAUAGUUGUCAUGUUAUCAUGAAUAAAAUGAUCAAUUAACCACAAUACAAGGUACUCUUUGAUUAAUUAACUAAACUAUCCUUAAUCUUGAGUGGAUUGUGUCACGACGUAGGACAUACAGGCAGAACAAAUAUAUUUGAAAUCAACAAUUUUUCUGAAAAAGCCAUAAGAUAUCACGAUAAGAAUGUAUUGGAAUAAUACCAUGCUGCUACAGCACUGAAAUUGUUAUUGAAAGAAAGGAUGAAUUUCUUAAAGAAUGUAGACUUUAGGCAAUUUAGAGAAAAAUUUAUACAGAACAUCAUAUUCACUGAUAAGUAGGAACAUUUCAAUCUACUCAAAUUUUUUGAAGCCAAUAAUGAGAAAGAUAUUAAAAUUAUAACUGGAAUGAUCAUUCACACUUCGGAUUUUGCAGGGGCAUCGGCAAAGUGGCCUAUUUCUAAGUAAUGGUCUUUGAGAGUGAAUCAGGAGUUUUAAGCGCAAUUUGAAGAGGAAGGAAGAUUAGGACUACCCUAAUAACCAUUUAUGAAGGAUUUAUAGAAGAUAUCUGUUUUGUCGAAAUCAGAAAUAGGGUUCUAUAAAUUCUUUGUUCGUCCCUUGUAUGUAUCAUUGUCUAAAUUUAUGGAUCAUUAAUUAUAGGAUAGAAUCGAUAAUAUUGAUGAAACCAUUAUCGAAUGGGAUUCUCUGGCAUCUUAAGAGAAUCAAUAACAAUGA